AUCUGAUCAACCUUAAUAAUAGAAGAAUGAUAAAAAAUCCUAAAAGUGAAGGCGACUUUAGGCUUUAAUAAUAUUCAGCCUCAAAUAGCUGCACUACAAUACCAGAUAGGAUUAAUUAAGCAAAUAUUUAAGAAUCAAUUCCUGAGGAAACAUAUCCAUAAACUUAAACACAGGAAAUAACAUAUUCAUUUUAUAAUGUUAGGUAAAUGUUGCAAAAAGAAUUUGGUUUAAAUAUUGAAUUACCCUAUUAAUAACAAUUUACAAAACAAGAAUUAGAUUAAUUAUUAGAAAAAUAUAAACCUGAAUAGCCAAUCUAAAAAUUAGAAGAAAGUAAUACAAACAAAGAUUCAAAAUUAGUAGAUCUAUUUAUGGAUAGAUUGAAUAAAAAAUUUUAUUUUGAUGCUUAAGAAAUUACUAAUAUUGAAUUCAGUGAUGAUGAUCCUUUGAAUAUUUAUAUUGACAUUUUUAAAUAUUUUGUGAAAUUUAAAGACAGACAAUAAAAUAAAAAUGACUUUCGUUCACUUAUUGAAUAGAAAGAUUAAUUAUAAGAACCUAGUGAUUGUUUUUAAAUGUGGCAUCGAAAAAUUUAUUAUAGUAAAAGCAGAAAAAAUUAACUGAGACCAUAUGGAGUUACUUUGAGUUAUGAAAAUUUAGAAAAAAAUGAAGAAACAUAAAUAAUAAAUUAAUAAAGAUCUUAAAAUUUAAUUCGUAAUGUUGCUAUAUUGAUUUGCACUUUUUCAUUUAUGAAAAUUAGAGAUCUAGGUAAAUUAGAUCCAGAUAUUAUUCCAAUUGUAAAAGUUGCUAUAAAUAUUUAAUCUGAUACUAAUUUAGAUAAGUAUGAUUAUAAGAACUUCUACUCUAAUGAAAAUAAUUUAAGCUCAAUUAAUUAGAUCAGUUCUUAAAGUUAUGAUAUGUAUAUUUAAUUAUUAUAUUUAAAUAGAAUCAAUAAAUCGUAUAAUUUUGCUUAAAGUAAUACAAGAUAAAUUUAAAAUAUUAAAGAAGCUUCUUUGAGAUUAGCAUACUAUAGAUAAAAUUUCUUAUAGAUUCAAUAGAUGUGUAAGGAUAUUAAACAUGCUGAUCCAUAUGUGUAAUUAAUAUUAAAUUUUUUUGGAAUGGAUGAUAAACAAUUUUAGGUAUAUUAUUUAUUUAAUAAAUAGGAAUAUAUACUAAAAGAUGAUAAUAAACUCCAUUUUAAUGAUAGAUUUAUUUUAACCUUAUUAUAUUGUGAUAAUAAUAAAUUGAAUGAAUUUUUUUCAAAAAAAAAACCACUUGAUUAAAUAAUUAUAUAUGGUGCUGUUGAGAAAAGAUCAGUUGAGUGCUUAAAAUUGUAUUUUGAAGAAACCUAAGAUAUUCAAUUAGUUGGAAUCAUUUCAGCACACCUUUAUUUACUUGAAAAUAAAGAUCCUUAACUAUUAUUAUGGUUUUAAGACUAUCGAAAUUUCUUGAAUUCUAAACAACUCUAUAAAGUAAGGAUGAUUAUAGAAAAUCAAAUCAAGGAAUUAUAAAAUAAAAACUCUCCUCUUUUAAUUGAAGAGUUGCUAUUGAAUAAAUAAUCUCAAAUUGUUUAAUAUUGUUAAUGUAACUCUAUAGCAAAUCCUGAAUGUUUAUCUUGUUUAACAUUAUAUCCUAAAUGUUCAAUUUGUUACAAUCCAAUUUAAAAUUAAUUCUAUGUUGUAUGUUUAAUGUGUAGACACGGAGGACAUGAGAAACAUAUUUAAGAAUGGUUCAAUAUUUAUGAUUAAUGCCCAUAUAAAAAAUGUUAAUGCUAUUGCAAAUAUGAAUGA